AUGAGGGGAUUUUUGUUGCAAAUCUACUUGGUGAUUGCCAGUUUCAUCUCAAUUGCUUUUGCUGGAUUUCGAGAUGAACAAUUGUUAGAUAUUAUGAAAACCAAAACAAGCGAUAUAAAAGUUUUACCAUUAACUGAUGAAAAUUAUGAAACUGUUUUAAAUGGUAAAAGAGAUUAUCAUUUGGUUGUAUUAUUUACAUCCGAAAAUAGUAAGAUCAAUUGUGUCUUAUGUAGAGAAAUCAAUCCUGCUUAUGAAAUUAUUGCUAAUUCUUGGUAUCAAGAUAAUCCAGAAGGUAUAACUGAUUUUGAUCCUGAAGAUAAAGAGAUUGCACCAAAGAAUAUUUAUUUCUUUAGAUCUGAUUACGAUAGUUCUAAAAAGUUAUUUGCAUUACUUCAAUUGAAUUCUAUUCCUAAGAUAUUCUAUUUCCGUCCAACUAAUGCCUUAGGUCCAAACAAUUUCCAAAAUGAAAAGAUUGAAUAUCAAUUCUUCCAAGGCGAUCAUAGAUAUUUGAUGAUAGAUUGGUUUUCUCAACUUACUGGACAUAAAUUCAAUUUACAUAUUCCUGUUGAUAAAUCCAAAGUUAUCAUUAAUAUUGUUUGGGUUCUUUCAACCUUAAUUGUAAUUAAAAAAUUCAAUAAGAAGAUUAUUCAACUUUUAAGAUCAAAACUUCCAUGGACCAUUAUCUCCUUGAUGGGAAUUUUAUUAUUUGUUACUGGAUAUAUGUUUAACCAAAUUAGAGGUUCACCAUAUGUCAUUGAACAUCCAGAUGGUAGAGUUGAAUAUUUCUUGGCUGGACAACAAAACCAAUUGGGAGUUGAAACUCAAAUCAUUUCAUUCAUCUAUGGCGCCUUAAGUUUAUUGUUUAUUAUCUUGAUUAAAAGAGCUCCUGAAAUUAAGAAUGAUAGUGUUGGAUUAAUUUUGGUUGGGGUUGUAAGUGCUUUAAUCUUUGCUCUUUUCAGUUUAUUGUUGUCAAUCUAUGGAUUAAAGGGUCUUGGAUUCCCAUACAAAUUCAUCAAAUUCUUUUAA